AUUAUUGUGUUAGUAUGGAAGGGGUAGAUAUGUCAGUGUUGUCCACUGUAUCCAGACGUGGAUCUACCCUACUAUCUGUAAUCUAACAAAAAAACACUAAUAGUUUAAUAAUUUAUCUAAAUUGGAAUAUAAUUAAUAUAUUCAACAAUGAAAACUGCACUGAUGGUGGCUGAAAAGCCAUCUCUGGCAGCAUCAUUGGCAAAUAUUUUAAGCAACGGAAGCUGUAGUACACGAAAAGGAAUAAAUGGAUCAUGUUCAGUUCAUGAAUGGGUUGGACAAUUAAAAUCAGAAACAGUAAUUUUUAAAAUGACAUCAGUAUGUGGUCAUGUAAUGAGUUUAGAUUUUAUUGGUAAAUAUAAUAAUUGGGAUAAAGUUGAUCCAGCUGAAUUAUUUACAUGUCCAACUGAAAAAAAAGAAGCAGUACCAAAAUUAAGAAUACCAGCAUUACUUGGUAAAGAGGGUUCACAAUGUGAUUAUUUAGUACUUUGGCUUGAUUGUGAUAAAGAAGGUGAAAAUAUAUGUUUUGAAGUUAUAAAUGCUGUACAACAAGGAAUGAAUCGUAAAUUAAAUACAAAUAAUAUUUAUCGUGCUCAUUUUUCGGCAAUAACUGAACGUGAUAUUAAAGCAGCAUUAUCAAAUUUGGGUAAACCAAAUGAAAAUGAAGCUAAAAGUGUUGAUGCACGUCAAGAAUUAGAUUUACGUAUUGGUUGUGCAUUUACACGUUAUCAAACAAGAUUUUUUCAAGGUAAAUAUGGUGAUCUUGAUGCAUCAUUAAUAUCAUAUGGACCAUGUCAAACACCAACACUUGGUUUUUGUGUACAAAGACAUGAUGAAAUACAAACAUUUAAACCAGAUGCAUAUUGGGUAUUACAAGUAACAAUUAAAACAAAUGAUAAUCAAGAUAUGAUACUUAGUUGGUCAAGAGGACGUUCAUUUGAUAAAGAAAUUGCAAAUAUUUUUUUAUCACAUGUUAAAGAACACGAUAAAGCUAAAGUUAUUAAUACACAAAGUACAGAAAAAACAAAAUCACGUCCAAUUGCAUUAAAUACUGUUGAAUUAAUGAGAAUAUCAUCAUCAGGAUUGGGUAUGGGUCCUCAUCAUGCAAUGCAAAUUGCUGAACGUCUAUAUACCCAAGGAUAUAUUAGUUAUCCACGUACUGAAACAACAUCAUAUUCAGAAAAUUUUGAUUUACAUGCAACUUUACGUCAACAACAAAAUAGCCCUGAAUGGGGUGAUGAAGUUAAAAGAAUUUUAUCAAAUGGUAUUAAUCGUCCAAAAAAAGGACAUGAUGCUGGUGAUCAUCCUCCAAUAACACCAAUGAAAACAGCAACAAGAAAUGAACUUGAUGGUGAUUCAUGGCGUGUUUAUGAUUAUAUAACACGUCAUUUUAUUGCAACACUUGCUAAAGAUUGUAAAUAUCUUAGUACAACUGUUAAAUUUGAAAUUGGUAUGGAAACAUUUACACUAACUGGACAAACACUUAUUGAUCCUGGUUAUACAAGUCUUUUAACUUGGCAAUCAAUGACAAAUAGUGAAUCAUUACCAAAAUUUAAUCCUGGUGAUUAUGUUAAUAUUAAUGAUGCUAAAUUACUUGAGUGUUUUACACAACCACCAGAUUAUUUAACUGAAUCUGAAUUAAUUACACUUAUGGAAAAACAUGGAAUUGGUACUGAUGCAUCAAUACCAGUACAUAUUAAUAAUAUAUGUAUUAGAAAUUAUGUAACUGUUGUUGCUGGUAGAAAACUUGCUCCAACAUCACUUGGAAUUGUUCUUGUUCAUGGUUAUCAAAAAAUUGAUCCAGAACUUGUAUUACCAACAAUGAGAUCAGCUGUUGAAGAACAAUUAAAUUUAAUAGCACUUGGUCGUGCUGAUUUUUAUGAUGUAUUACAACAUACUGUUGAAAUAUUUAAACAAAAAUUUCAUUAUUUUGUACAAAGUAUUGAUGGAAUGGAUCAAUUAUUUGAAGUAUCAUUUUCUCCAUUAUCAGCAUCAGGAAAAGCACAUUCACGUUGUGGUAAAUGUCGUAGAUAUAUGAAAUAUAUACAAACAAAACCAUCACGUUUACAUUGUGCUCAUUGUAAUGAAACAUAUAAUUUACCACAAAAUGGUAAUAUUAGAAUUUAUAAAGAAUUAAAAUGUCCACUUGAUGAUUUUGAAUUAUCAUCAUGGUCAACUGGUACAAGAGGUAAAAGUUAUACAUUUUGUCCAUAUUGUUAUAAUAAUCCACCAUUUAGAGAUAUGAAAAAAGGUAGUACUGGAUGUAAUUCAUGUACACAUCCAACAUGUCCACAUGGUCUUAAUUCAAAUGGUUUAUCAAGUUGUCCAGAAUGUGAAACUGGUAUACUUGUACUUGAUCCUUCAUCAUCACCAAAAUGGAAAUUAGGCUGUAAUCGUUGUGAUGUUAUUAUUCAUUUUUUUGAUAAUGCACAUAAAGUUACUGUUGAUACUGAUUCAUGUAAUUGUGGUGCACAAUUAAUAACUGUUGAAUAUAAACAAGAUAAAAGUAAAUUACCAAAUGAUGCAACUGAAAUGACUGGUUGUAUUUAUUGUACAUCACAAUUUUCACCACUUGUUGAAAAACAUCGUGCUGUUGCUUCAAAACCAGUGAUGACACGAGGACGUGGCCAUGCUAAAGGUCGCAGUCGAGGUAAGCCUCGUCCACCCAAGGACAAAAUGGCGCAAUUAGCUGCAUAUUUUGUAUAAAUCAAAUAGUGUAAUCUUAUUGAAUACAAAUGAGAUUUAAAAAUACAAUAGCAUCAGCUAUCAAGUAAACAUUGUUAUUAUUAUUUUCUUCUUUUUUUUUCAUUUAUUUUUGUACCUGAUUUAAAAAAGAAAAUGUCACCAUCAUUUUUCAAUUUACUUAAUGAUUAUAUUGACUUUUUUUUUUUUUUUUUCAUUUAUCAAUCAGAAUGUAACUUGUAAUAAAAUUCGUACUUAAUUUAAAUAUUAAUGCUAUUUAAUUGAACAAUCAAAAAUACAAAUGUAUAUUUAUUGAGUCGUGCCAAUUUUCAUAUAGAUAAAUAAUUAAAUUAUAAAGCUUUUGUGUCAAGUUUUUUUUCAUUUAAAAUUUAAAUGAAAUUAUUAUUGAUAUGCAUUAUAUUAGUAUACCUAUAUAAUUUUUUUUUAAUGUCUCACAAACGAAUAAAAAAAGGGCAUAGUAAAUUAUAAAUGAUUCUAACCAAUUACGACUUGAACUACCUUCCGGAACACGCGAAUGCACUCACGUUGGGGUUACUCAGUCUAUAUUAACACUUAAUUCCCUCAAUUUAUGAUGAAAAUCAGUAUAAUAUUCUUUUUUUAAAAAAAGAGCAAAUAAAUAGUAUAAACACUUUUUUUUUAUUUUAUAAAAUAAAAUAAACAUUUGUGAACAAUGUCACUUGGUAUAUUUCUCGACUGCAGGUUCACUUAUAUCUCUUUUUUUUUUUAGUUUAAAAUAUUAUGUGAUAAAACGAAGCGAAAUAAAAUAAAGUAGAAAAUAUAGAAAUUGUACAAGUGUACAAAGAAAAAGUAAAAAAAAAAAAAGUUGAAAAAACAUUUGAGAUAAGGUGAAUGGAUUGAAAUAUCCAUUGUGUCUUAUCCCAUUUUCGCUCGGGGGCCUUUGUCCUCAGGAUUUUCCGAGAUAAAAAAACGAAAUCUGGUUUCCUUUUUUUUUUUUUUUUUUUUUUAUAUAUACAUAUAUUUCUUUCCAACGAGUAAAUUUGUGCUGUUUUUAAGCUCAUAAAAAAAAAAGAAAACAAUUGGAGAAAAAAUAAAUAAAUAGUAUCAUUAAUUUUUUUUAAAAAUAAUAUUUAUACGUAUUAAACUUUUAAAGUCAAAAAAAUGCUUCCGUUAAAAUCAUCAUGACUGUCAUUUGUCACUCAUCUUAACAAAAUUACCGAAGAAAAAUAAUUUAAUAAAUGAAUCCAAUAAAAAUGGAUGAUGAUGAUGAUGAAAGAAACAAAAUAAAAAAAAAAUAAAAAAAUGCAGUUGCAAUUUAAAAGAUAUUUUUGUUUUCCCCAGUUUUCGUGUUCUCUUUUCUUCAUCUUUUCAUGCCUUGUUAUUUUUACACUUUCACUCAAAAUUACUCUUGCUAAUUCCUCCACUUUAAUGCUGUCUUUUUGAAUAAAAAAAAUGACGUUUAUAUUUAUGAAAGAAAAAUAAA